AUGUCGUCUCAAAAUAACAACACCCCCACAGUCUUUGUCGUUGGUGCAACCGGCGCACAAGGCAUUCCUGUUGUUCGCCACCUUGUCAAAGAUGGCGCUUACAAAGUCCGCUUCCUAACGCGCGAUGCCGAUUCCCCACGAGCAAAAGCCCUCAUCGCCCUCGGAAACGUCGAGCCCCUUGUUGGGACCUUUGCCAGCGAGGAAGACCUCCGGAAGGGCUUCCGUGGUGCGCAGUAUGCGUUCAUCAACAUUGAUGGGUUCAAUUGUGGAGAGAAGACGGAGACGUUCUGGGCUAUACGAAGCUAUGAGCUCGCUCUCGAAGAAGGCAUCAGGUUCUUCGUCUAUGGAAACCUUGACUUUUCGUAUAAGAAGAGUGGAUAUGAUCCAAAGUUCCGGACUGGCCAUUACGACGGCAAAGGUCGAAUUGCGGAAUGGAUCUUGCAACAGAACAAGGAUACGAAAAAUGCGGCACGAAUGGGCGCUGCCAUUUUCACUACUGGGCCAUACAUGACAAUGUCCAUUGCGGCGCAUACUCCCAUGAGUCCUCGGGUCGAGGAUGGAGUCGUCACAUGGAGAGUUCCCCUUGGAGAUGGUGCUGUGUGUCACGUUGACCUGGAUGAUUGUGGACACUAUGUCCGCUGGCUGUUUGAGCACCAAGAAAGAGCCAAUGGAAUGGAUCUCGAGGUUGCUAUUGACCUGAUCGGCUACGACGACCUGGCCAAGGCCUUUGAGAAGGUGUCUGGCCACCCAGCCCAAUAUAUCGACACCGACCUCGAAACUUACUGGACUUCAGGUCCUCUUGGAGAUGGAUCCCCUAGUAGCGCAUACAACUCUGACCUCAAUGAUCCCGCCGCAAUGACAAUGCGCCAGAACUUUACCGGGUUUUGGAACAUUUGGAAGGCGUCUGGAGGAAACAAGGGUUUAAUCCAGCGAGACUUUGAACUUCUGGAUGAGAUUCACCCUGGAAGAGUCAAGUCGGCCGAGGAAUGGUUCAGAAAGGAGGAGAAGAAGGGAAUUGAACAAGGCCUGGGAAGUCUCUGGGAUAGGGUCAACAAUCUCAGGCCUGUGUUGAAGCUUGUCGAGGAUCGACGGAAGGGUCGUCUAUGA